GUACCCUUACCCUUACCCUCGUUCCCUCUUUUCCUCCCAUGCUUGCUUGCUUGCUGCUUGCUUGCGUGCGUUGCCUUGUCUGCCCUAGAGGAAAAUCGGAUGCUGCGUGUCUCUGAAAAGAAUGUCCUGUACGGUCCUGUCCUGUACCUACAUCGUACAUACUUCCUCUCUCCACUUGGCCGAUGAGACUUGAUAAUUGUUAUUGUCGUUAUUAUACUUUGAUUUUUUAAUAUUGGAAUUGAUUUGGAGGAAUUGACUUUGAAUCUGAACUUGAAUUUCAAUCUAAAGCCAAGCAAAAAACCCAAUUCUGAGACUCGACUCCCAAAGGGAUAUCAAUAUCAAUAUUUACACCAAACAUUCGCUUCUCUCCCAAACCAAUCCAAUUCCAUUCAUGGAAGAGUAAACAUCCAUUCGCAUUCCCCCCCCAAAGAAGUUUGGAAUUGGCGCAUUUCCGUCGCAAAAUUCACUCCCAAAUCACAAAAGGGUAAUUUUAAAUAUGGAUCGCUCAAAUACUCCCUCGAUGCCUCCAAUGUAUUCAGAGACAUAUCCAGAUGAAUAUGAUUCAAUACCUGCAGGUCAUAAUCGACAUGGCUCCGAAAUUCGUCUGUUAACUUCCUACGAUGAUCCCGAUACCCGUCCGUAUGUAGCACCACUCGCUCCGCGAGCUCUUCAUUUAUCUCCCAGGAAACCCCCUCCAGCCGUGUCCGUGGCGACCCCAGAGCAUCUCGCGUCUCUCAAGGAAGAAGAACAAGAGGAAGUCAUCUCAUCUUGCAAGUUGCAACAAGAAGUCGAGAUAUCAGCGACAGCUAUGAGUGCCCAUGACCCCAAUGAUAUCGCGCAUCUCUUGCCUGUUCUUCCAGAUGGCCCUUCCCGUCGAAGAUCUCUUCGGCACCCGGUUUCCUCUCCUUUGUCUACUUUGAAAUCUCAAUUGAUAGGUAAAAAAAGCUCACUGUUGAAAAAUAUUAGUACUUCCUCCGAUCGCAGAUCUUAUCAAGCUUCUGUUAUGUCCACAGAUUCCUACGAUGAUCAUAGAAGAGCUCCUUCGAUAAAUACAUAUGACGACCAUAGACGUCCCCCAUCAAUGAAUACCUAUGACGACCAUAGAAGACCUCCGUCAAUUAAUACCUACGAUGACCAUAGAAGACCUCCCACGGCAACCACAUACGACGAUCACCGAAGAGCUCCUUCAAUCAUAGACAACGUCCCAGAUUUACCUCCUCCCGAAAGCGCAUAUCGUCCAUAUUCCCCUCUACAAUAUUCACCCUCCGGUCGAGCUUCUCCAACGCGAACCUGGUCUCCAAUCAGAGAAGAAAGGAAUUCUUCGGAAUUCAACGUGCCGCCUCCAAUGGGUUAUCAUUAUGAACCAUCGGAUUUGAAUGGAAGUCCAAGACCUGGCACUCCUUCAACGGCUUAUGGAGGAAGUCCAAGAAGACCAUUACCUCCAGCUCCUUUAUUUGCGGCUCAUGGUGCUCGGUCACCAUUCGGAGAUGACGCAACGAUUCACAUACCCCUCGAACACGAAGAUGACGAAAUGUUAGACGAGGAUGUUUUUGGACCGGAAAAGAGGGAUAUGAGAGGAACUAUGAGGUCGAGACAAUCAUAUUCGACAUUUGCUGAUGAUAUGGAAAGUGCAAAGGACUACGAACAUUAUGGGCCAGCACCUUCUGGAAAGCAAGAACGAAGAGGUGCUAAUAGAACGACUCAAAUGAAAAAACGAGAAGUCAAACUUAUUAACGGAGAACUGAUUUUGGAGUGUAAAAUCCCUACUAUCCUUUACAGUUUCUUGCCCCGAAGAGAUGAAAUCGAAUUCACACAUAUGCGAUAUACAGCUGUUACAUGCGACCCAGAUGAUUUUGUUGCGAAAGGUUACAAAUUACGUCAAAAUAUGGGAGUCACAGCUAGAGAAACCGAACUUUUUAUCUGUAUUACCAUGUACAAUGAGACGGAGAUUGAUUUUACGAGAACGAUGCAUGCUGUGAUGAAAAAUAUCUCACAUUUUUGUUCUCGAUCGAAAUCUAGAACGUGGGGAGAAAACGGAUGGCAAAAGAUUGUGGUUGCUAUUAUUUCGGAUGGUAGACAAAAAAUUCAUCCGAGAACACUUGAUGCUCUAGCUGCUAUGGGUGUUUAUCAAGAUGGAAUUGCUAAGAAUUUGGUCAAUGGAAGAGAAGUUCAAGCUCAUGUGUAUGAGUAUACGACUCAAGUCUCUUUGGAUUCGGAUCUUAAGUUCAAAGGUGCUGAAAAGGGAAUUGUUCCCUGUCAGAUGCUUUUUUGUCUCAAAGAAAAGAAUGCAAAGAAAUUGAAUUCUCAUCGUUGGUUCUUUAAUGCUUUUGGAAGAGCUCUCACACCGAAUAUUUGCAUCAUGUUGGAUGUGGGUACAAAACCCGGAGGUAAUUCACUUUAUCAUUUGUGGAAAGCUUUUGAUACCGACUCUAAUGUUGCUGGUGCUUGCGGAGAGAUCAAAGCUAUGAAAGGAAAAGGCUGGAUGGGACUUCUUAAUCCUUUGGUGGCUUCUCAAAAUUUCGAAUAUAAGAUGUCGAAUAUUCUUGAUAAACCUAUUGAGAGUGUGUUUGGUUAUAUCACUGUCUUGCCUGGUGCAUUGAGUGCAUACAGAUAUCAUGCUUUACAGAAUGAUCAUACGGGUCAUGGUCCUUUGAGUCAAUACUUCAAGGGAGAGACACUACAUGGUCAAAAUGCAGAUGUCUUUACGGCAAAUAUGUAUUUGGCUGAGGAUCGUAUUUUGUGUUGGGAAUUGGUGGCUAAGAGAGAUGAAAGAUGGGUAUUGAAAUAUGUGAAGGGAUGUACUGGAGAGACUGAUGUGCCAGAUACUGUCCCCGAAUUCGUAUCACAGAGAAGAAGAUGGCUCAAUGGAGCUUUCUUUGCAGCUGUCUAUUCUUUGGCUCAUUUCAAACAAGUAUGGCAUACAGAUCAUACCCUUGGACGAAAGAUUCUUCUUCAUAUUGAAUUCAUCUAUCAAUUCAUUCAACUCCUCUUUACUUACUUUUCUCUGGCCAAUUUCUACCUCACAUUCUACUUCAUUGCCGGUUCGCUAUCUGUUGAUAAUAUGGAUCCAUUUGGCCACAGUAUCGGAAAAUAUAUAUUUUACGUCUUAAAAUAUGUUUGUGUUCUUCUUACCGCCACACAGUUCAUUCUAUCUAUGGGAAAUCGACCACAAGGAGCACGAAAAUUAUAUUACAUGUCCAUGAUCAUAUACUCGAUAAUCAUGGUAUACACACUCUUCUCCACCAUUUACAUCGUCUACCGAGAAGUUCACGAUAAUGCCAAGAAUCUUGUAAUGGGCAACAAUCUCUUCACUAAUCUGGUCGUGUCGCUUUGUUCAACAUUAGGGCUCUACUUCCUCAUGUCUUUCCUCUACCUGGAUCCUUGGCAUAUGUUUACCAGUUCUGGUGCUUACUUUGCCCUGCUUCCAAGUUACAUCUGUACCCUUCAAGUCUACGCCUUUUGCAACACUCACGAUGUGACAUGGGGAACCAAAGGUGACAAUGUCAUGUCUACCGAUCUUGGUGCCGCUUCUGGAAAAGGACAAACGGUUGAACUCGAAAUGCCGUCUGAACAACUCGAUAUCGAUUCUGGCUACGAUGAAGCCCUUCGCAAUCUCCGUGACAGACUGGAAGUCCCCUCUCCUCCUAUCUCGGAAUCUCAACAGCAGGAAGAUUACUACAAGAGUGUUCGUACGUACAUGGUUCUUGUCUGGAUGAUUGCAAAUGGAAUAUUGGCAAUGGCUGUUAGUGAAGCUUAUGGACCGGAUCACUUGGGGACGAAUUAUUACUUGACGUUCCUACUGUGGGCGGUGGCAGCGUUGGCACUCUUUAGAGCGGUGGGAUCGAGUGCUUUUGGAAUUAUUAAUUGUGUGGAGGCGAUUGUGGAGGGGAGGAUUAGGGUGUCGAUGACGGUUCCUAGGUGGAUGGGAGGGUGGAGUUCGAAGAUUAGUGAGGGGAUUAGCGAGGGGAUUAGCAGUGUGGGUAAUGCGGUUAAGAGGAAUUAGGGGGAGAGUGGGGAGUUUAUUAGAAGGGAAAGAUGGGGAUGAAGGAAUGUAGGAGAAAAACUAAUAUAUGAGGAGGUAUGCAGAUGGAGAAGCGGAGAUGAUGCAGAAGAAGAAGAGAAAAGAAGAGUUUUUGAUUGAUACCAUGGGAACACGAAGCAGAGAUCUUAUACCACACCACGGAAGAAAGGAAAUACCUCGGGAUAUAGGAAAGGGAUAGGAUUGGUUGGUUGUUUUGGGAUGUGGAUGGGAUUGGAGGUUUUUUUGUUCUUCUUACGCUUUGAAUGAUGGACGGAUGUAAAUAUGUAAAUAUGAUUUGGGGAGGUGUUUCUUGUUUUAUUAAUGAUGACUUUUUUUUUUACUUUUACUUUUAAUUCUUUGAUGGGUGGAUUUGUGAGGGGAUGUUGUGUGAGGAGAUGAUGGAUAUGAGAGAGAUGAGAUAGAUGGUAUUCGAGCUUGAGAAAGAAAUACCUGGGUUAUGCUUUGGAAACGCUUGUUCUUUGUGAAUGUUGCUUGGAAGAUUUGUAUCGAUGUGCUCAUUAGAUGAAUUGGACUUUUUCA